AUGACGACCGCUUCUCCUACGGCAGUCGUCAACCCGCCCAAGGGUUGGCGGCGGGGCCAUAUCCACGGCGGACCCGCAGCCCACGCCCACGAAGCUGACAAUAGGUACGAAAUGCGCAGAGAGGCGCAGGAGAUCAUCCCAGGCGUCUUCCUCGGCCCUAUCCAAGCCAGCACAAACUUGAAUCGCCUAAAGUCCAUGGGCAUUACCCAUAUUUUGUGCCUUCGCGAUUCUGUGGAAGCCCGUCUCGUCUUCCCCCGUUUCCCGACAGAGUUUCAGUACCUGACUAUGGACGUCUCUGACUCUGAUUUUGGCUGGGAGUACACAACAGCUCUCGGAUACGUGCAGAGCAAGCGAUAUUGCGUUGCCCCGGCUAGCUUGCGCGAGUACGCCGCGAUCGCCGCUGCCCAGAAGAGCGUGACGGGAGUGCCCGCCUCGAUGGGGGUACACAAGCGAGUGUGGGACGGCGAGGGCGAGGUAUCGGACCGCCAAGCGCCGGGGCGGAAGCGUGCGUUAUCGACGGACAUGGACAUGGACUGA